AUGGCUCUAGGCUCUCAUAUCAGCUGUUCACACGUCCUCCAGGCCAUCCAGGCGCCUCUCACUAGGCAGGAGACUCUCCAUUCUCUAAAGCACAUCAUCCUCGGUCAUCACGAGCAGAAGCUGGAGUAUGUCCAAGCCGGUCUCGUUGAUGUUUUGCUUCAGAUCCUCGAUGACGAACCGGGCUAUCGUCAAACUAAAACGAAGAAAACCCCCGUAGUCGAGACCGAUGUCAUCAUCAUCCUUGGGAGUCUCGCGCGAGGCGGGUCUGUUUUUCUAACCCUGGGCCAGCUUGAAAGAUUUAUACCGCGACUUCUCGACCUUCUAGAAUCGCAUAUGUCGCAUACGUCACUCCUUGAGGCAUCACUCCGAGCUCUCAAUUGUAUCCUAUCGCUUCCGAUCGCGAGCCAAAGUCCCGAAAUCAUUUCUAUAGUACACAGCCACCCUUCUACACUACGUUCGAUAUUCAAUGUACUUUACAAUUCCACUUCUUGUCGUGACCUCGCGGCCUACCAAGCUACUCUCUUUAUACCCAAAACGUGUACAAACACCGAUAAUCGAUGGCAGGAAUCGAUGAUCGAAUCCGGCAUAUUGCCUGCUUUGAUAAAGAGAUUGUCGGUUCUUGUUUACACCAUCCAAGCCUCUCGCCCAGGGAAGGGAAUUGGACUUUUGAAACUCGGACCCAAAGCGAAUACAGACCGAAGCUCCUUGUCCAAAAGCUCCAGCACCGUCUCAUUACGACACCGACAGAAUUUAGGAAGGGUUUAUGAAAAACUUUCCACUGGUGGCGAGCGAUUUUCGAUACCUCCCGCCUCCCACGUGUCGAGCCUCUUAGGCGCAAUUGCAUCCAUAAUUCGAGGGAGCAAAUUUAGGGCUGACCAGUGCUUAUUUGCCAGCUGCAUUACGAAUAUUUUAGGCGAAGAAGCACCGCUGGAGGAACACCGACCACCACCUAUGUGGAAAGACUCAAAGGUAUCCGAUGAUACCCAAGGGGGGAGUCAAUCCAGCGGAUAUCAAUAUGCGGGCCAGGAUUUCCCGCCUCUGUCGCCAAAUUCAGAGAGGCAUCCUCAAACCCGGUCUAGCUCGUCGGUGAAUGCAUUACAGUCGUCGCACAGCGCCACAGAACACUCACUCGAGCACGAAAGAAUAAAGAUUCCACAAAUAUCGGAACUCAGGUUCGUUGGAGAGAGAGACGAUGACCCGGAAUCGCCGUUGAUUCAAUGGUUAAUAUCAUAUAUUCGGCAUGAGGAAGAUUCUCUUGCGAGGCUUACCUCCAUUAGUCUACUCACUGACUUUGUGAAGGCGGGUUGUGUUUCUAAGCGUAGAGUUAAAAAACUAGGGUGUUUGAUUGUUCCUAUGCUAGUCAGGUAUCUAGAUGAGAUUGACACUAGUACAGUGACUAUCACAAAGGUUUAUGAGCAAGGAUUCCAAGCUCAAGAGAUGGAGUGGUCGAUUCGAGAGCAAGCCCCCGCGAUCCUUGCCACCUUGUUGACGGACCACCAACGCCUUCAAACAGCGGCUGUAGAGGCCGGUGCUAUAAAACGGCUUACAGGUAUGCUAAAACGGGCAUUCGACGCGAUCCCUGGCUCGGACGAGGGCGAAGACCUGGAUAGUCAUGAAAGUUUAUGGAGGGAGAAGGUGCGAGCGCACCAAAUUAAAGUGAGGGAGGGGACCUUGCGGGCUCUGGCGGCCAUUGCGCUCUUUGAAGAUGAUCACCGAAAAAAAAUUAUUGAGAGCGGUGCUCUGGGUUUUAUCGUCGGGAGUCUGACUCCAGAAAUGUCAGCGGAACCCCUUGGAACUAGAAACGACAGUGAUUUAGUCAUGAGUGGUACACAGGAUCCAGCCCCCCUUGGUAUUCAACUCCCGACGAUCUCGGAAAACGACUCGGGGUCGUCCUUUACAGUCCCGGAGACGUCGAGGACUGGGAAUCCUAUCUCUGUGCUAAUCGCUGCUACAAAUGUCGUCAGAUCUCUAUCCAGGUCUGUGAAUGUGCUUAGCACGUCUCUCAUAGACUGGCAUGUUUCGGAACCAUUGUUCAGCUUGCUGUCACAUCGAUCCAUCCAAGUCCAGAUUGCGGCUACUGCUGCCCUCUGUAAUCUUGUAAUGGAGUUCAGUCCAUUACGAAAAAAGCUAGAAGAACAAGGGAUCGUCAAAGCACUUGGUAACUUUGUGAAGUCUGAUAGUGGGAAUGUAUGUGCAUACGAUCGACAUGGCAACUCAAUCGGGGAGUUCGACCCUGAAAGGGAGUCAUUGCGCUUGAAUGCCAUAUGGGCUCUGAAGCAUCUCGUUCUGAAGCAAGAUGAGACUGUUGUUCUUAGCUGCUUAUCGGCAUUCGGUACUACCUGGCUUCUAGAACAAUUAGCAAUCGAGGAUCAUAAUCUAGAUCAUGGCACCAAGCCUGCACUAGAAGACAAUUCGGAUGAAGGGCGACAGAUACUCAAAUCGCAGAGCGAUCUGUUUUCUCCAAGGGUUAUCGACCGCCUCGUUCUCAAUUACGCAACCCCGAAGCCUGAAGACCUCCGUAGGACAGCACUUGUUGAGUUCCAGGAGCAGGCCCUGGAUUUCUUCCGCAACAUCAUGGCGGGCCCAAACGCUAGUUCAACAUUUAGACAUAUUCUAAGAGACACUCAAAAUAUGGAAGUUCCUACCACUCCUAUUUGCCCAUACGACGAACGCCCUAACACCCCUCUCCCCGAGACCCCAAUUAAUCACCGAACACCAUUCUAUGACGUUCUUACUGAGAAAUUGAAAUCCAAACCAGGAGAAAAGAUCGUUUUGGCAAUUAUAUACGUUCUUGUUCAUAUUGGUGCCUGUGCGGAACAUCGAGCAACGUUAAUUGAGCAGUCUUCGCUGUUCCACGAACUUAUCAAGCUUUUCGAGCUACAGGUCGACCAGAUUAGGAUUGGGCUGAGCUGGUUGGCUAUCAAUCUAACCUGGAAGGAAAACGGGGUCAAUAGUCCGGAUUUUACCCGCCGAGUUCAGAAGCUCCGAGAGUAUAGAUACGUUCAUAUGCUGGAGUGGCUAAAGAGUGGGGGUGUCGGGGAAUCGGACCACCUUAACAGGAGGGGCAGUUCCAGCCGUAGCCUCGGCGAAACUACCAUCGAUAUGGAAGAUGUUCCUAUAGUUAGAAAUUCUGAUGGCGAAGUAGUUCGCACCGGGCCCUCUAGCGUCAAUAUGAGUCUCGACCUCAGAGAACGAUGCAGGCAAGCCCUCGCCCAAAUAAAUGAUGUAUAG